AUGGAAGAGGUGUGGAAGGACAUCAACCUCGCUUCUUUGAACGACCACAGCACCAGACCCUCUUCUUCUUCCUCCUCCUCCUCCUCCGCCGCCGCCUUCAUCUUCCAAGACUUCCUCGCCCGUCCCUUCACCAUUAACACCACCACCAACUCCGAUCCUCCACCCUCGCCCUCUCCAUCCCCCUCUCCCUUAUCUCCUGCACCGCCGCAAUCCCUCACUGCUCUCAGCCUCGGUUCUCAUCAUCGCCCUAUUAACCGCAACCACCAUCACCAUCCUCAUCAUAAUCCCUUCGGCCAUCACCCUCAUCCUGCUGCACCAUCACCUCCCUCCACUACCAAGCUUCCUUACUCUUCUUCACCAUUAUUUGACACCCUUCCUUCCUCUUCUUCUCUCCCCUGCUUCGCCACAGCUAACAGGUUUCCUGAAACCUCCUCUGAUCCCGCCCCUACCCUCGACCGCCGCAACAAGCGCAUGAUUAAGAAUCGUGAAUCUGCUGCUCGAUCACGCGCUAGAAAACAGGCAUAUACGAGCGAGUUGCAGCUUAAAGUGGAUCACUUGCUGGAAGAGAAUGCAAGACUCAAGAGGCAGCAACAAAAGCUAUGUGAGGCAGCAGUGUUGAAUCAUCAGCAAAAGAAGAAGAGUGCCCUGUACCGAACAUUUACAGCACCAUUUUGA